GUUUCAUCCGCCAUUCACUAUUUCAUCAUUGUACAAACCAUCAGGUUCCUUGGAGAUUUAUUGAGACUGCGAACGAAGUGUACGAUAUCCAUUGCGUAGCUAUCUGAUCAUUGGCUUAUUUACGGAAAAACGGUCUGCGGCUGCACUGCAUCUCUACUUCUUUUGCCGGCUUCAACCCUGCAAUCUUGUAUCUUCCUCUUCUCCAGAAACCUCACAUAUCUCACAUACCUACCCUACCGUACCUGCACAGCCUCGCGAAUCGACGAAAUAAUCUACCCGUCAGCGACAGAGCUCCAGAGCUUCCAUCGAAACAAUAAUUAAUUUACAUAGGUGUGCAAGAGCGACUGAAAGAUCAUGGCAAGUAUAUUCAGAAGAGUGUAUGAUUGGUUGCUGCGGCUUUUCUGGGCUACGGAAAUGGACAUUACGAUGAUCGGUUUGCAGAAUGCUGGAAAGACAUCUUUGUUAAGGGUACUAGCGGGCGGUGAAUUUACACUUGACUCCAUUCCUACCGUCGGUUUUAAUAUGAAGCGUGUCCAAAAAGGUCAUGUCACUCUCAAAUGUUGGGAUUUGGGUGGACAACCCCGCUUUCGCUCCAUGUGGGAGCGAUAUUGUCGCGGUGUAAAUGCCAUCGUGUUUAUUGUCGACUCUGCCGAUCCUGAUGCCUUACCAAUCGCUAAAGAUGAGCUUCAUUUGCUUUUAGAAAAACCCGUCUUGCAAGGAAUACCUCUUUUGGUCUUGGGAAAUAAAUCUGAUUUGGAAAACAAGUUAAGUGUGGAUGAGUUGAUUGAGAGGUUGGAUCUGAAGAGUGUAGGACAUAGAGAGGUGAGCUGUUAUGGGAUCAGUGCUAAGGAGGAGACGAAUUUGGAUGCCGUUUUGCAAUGGCUAGUUGCAAGGGCGAAUAAGUAGUGCUAAGGAGGAUGGAUGAUGGAUCGUCCAAGAACAAGUAAAUCUUGUCGUGAAGUUUGGAUGGAGUAUUGCGGGUGCGAAUUUUCCGGAUAUUAACGAUGAUUAACGACAUGAAAUGGCGAAAAGAUGGGAUGAUAAAUGAUCGAACUUCGAAAGGGGUCUUCGCGGACCACGAAUAUAUCUCCUCAGCUCACAGCAACCAAUUCUAAUUAUUUUCAAAUUCUUCCUUCUCGGUCGGCGAGGAUCCCCUCGACAUCUGGUUUUCGAUAUGCUGUGGGCCGAACAGCAGGACAGAAAUGUAUCAAAUUUCCUUGUAUUCUUCUGGGUAGGAUGCGCCAUGUCUGCUACGAUGCGACGAAUUUACGACCCUCUGUUUUGUUGUUGAGUUAUUGGGAUCGACAUCCAGCGUGUUGGAUGGUGCCAGUUGGUAAAUGAGAUAGUGGCACCUGUGUGUUGAAAUAAUCGGAGAACCAUUGUAUUUAAAACAUUCAUACUUUGCGCUUCCAUGCCCAGUCGUGUUUCCUACGAGUGCUUUGCGUUUUUCCCAUUCCCAAUAUAUAUGUAUAAAUAUUUUUAUCUUUCA